AUGCUGUCCUUACGUUGGCCUUUCGAGGUCGAGCCUCUCCGUAUCGUUGAUUUUGUCUCUGCCCCUCUAAUCGACACUUUAGCUCGUCAUCUCUGCCUUGUGGCCAACUUUCCUGGUCCUACUUUGGCAUGCUUUGCUCCACUUUUCCGCAAUCCCUCCGGUAGAAUUAGGGUGUUUCUGUGUUUGUCCAGCCUCGUAUUCUUCCCUUCCUUUCUCUCUGGUCGGCUUAUACAUCGUCGCGCUCUCUCUCUCUGGCCAAUUUCCACAUCAUCUCCCUUUCCUUUGUUUUCUCUCCUUCCAUUUCUCUCUCUCUCCCUCUCUUUUGUGGACUCCUUCAUCACUUCUCUUUCCCUCUCCCUU